GGCAAAGCACCAUAACCACAACCCACGUCCUGACUGGACGAGUGGGCGGGGUGGAGGGCUCGGUGUUCUGCCCAUUGUGCCUGGCGCGCGAGAUGCUGGUGCAUCCGGACCUGCAGAGUCCCGGCACCCAGCGGCAGCCGAGUGGAGGCGGAGGAGAUGGCGUCCCAGCCGCCACCUCCUCCGAAACCGUGGGAGACCCGCCGAAUUCCGGGGGCCGGGCCGGGCCCAGGACCCGGCUCCACUUUCCAAUCUGCUGAUUUGGGUCCUACUUUAUUGACAAGACCUGGACAACCAACACUUAGCAGAGUGCCUCCACCUAUUCUUCCAAGGCCAUCACAGCAGACAGGAAGUAGCAAUAUGAACACUUUCAGACCUGCUUACAGCUCAUUUUCAUCAGGAUAUGGUGCCUAUGGAAAUUCGUUUUAUGGAAGCUAUAGCCCUUAUAGUUAUGGAUAUAAUGGGUUAAGCUAUAACCGCCUCCGUGUAGAUGAUCUUCCACCUAGUAGAUUUGUUCAGCAAGCUGAAGAAAGCAGCAGAGGUGCAUUUCAGUCCAUUGAAAGUAUCGUGCAUGCAUUUGCCUCUGUCAGUAUGAUGAUGGAUGCUACCUUUUCAGCUGUCUAUAACAGUUUUAGGGCUGUGUUGGAUGUAGCGAAUCAUUUUUCCCGAUUAAAAAUACACUUCACAAAGGUUUUUUCAGCUUUUGCAUUAGUUAGGACUAUAAGGUAUCUUUACAGACGGUUACAGUGGAUGAUAGGCUUAAGAAGAGGCUCUGAGAAUGAGGACCUAUGGGCAGAAAGUGAAAGAACUGUGGCUUGCCUUAGUGCCGAGGAUAGAGCAGCUAACUCAGCAAAAUCUUGGCCGAUAUUCUUAUUCUUUGCUGUUAUCCUUGGUGGUCCUUACCUCAUCUGGAAACUGCUAUCUACCUACAGUGAUGAAAUAUCAGACAACACCAACUGGGCAAGUGGUGAGGAUGACCAUGUAGUUGCUAGAGCAGAAUAUGAUUUUACUGCUGUAUCUGAAGAAGAAAUUUCUUUCCGUGCUGGUGAUAUGUUGAAUUUAGCUCUCAAAGAACAACAGCCCAAAGUGCGUGGUUGGCUUCUGGCUAGUCUUGAUGGUCAAACAACAGGACUUAUACCUGCUAAUUAUGUCAAAAUUCUUGGUAAAAGAAGAGGUAGAAAAACAGUGGAAUCCAGUAAAAUUUCCAAGCAGCAACAAUCUUCGACCAACACAACACUAAUUAAAGGAGCCACAGCUGCUGAUUCUUUGGAUGAACAGGAAGCUGCCUUUGAAUCUGUUUUUGUUGAAAAUAGUAAGAUUCCAGUUGCACCUGAUUCCACUGGAAAAAGUGGAGAUAAACAAGACCUUUGAUAUCUUUCACGUUUGCGUACAGUUGAACUAUACUUUUAAAAAAUUCUUACAAAGAAAUUAUUCUGCAAUCCAAUGAACACAUUUAUUCAUGGCUCAUCCAGGUGUUUUGCUGCUAGAAAUUAUUAAAGUUGUACACUAGUAUGUUGGUCUAAUGACCUGGUUGCAUUUUACAUGUUAUUAGACCACAAGGAUGUUUGUUUCACCUAGAUUUUAAGAUUAUGUUUACUGCUAUUGUUUUCAUCUUAUUUAAAAUCCUGUGUUUAUUGAAGGAGGAAGAUUGAUGAACUAUAUAGAAUACACUGUUGUUACAGUAGAGAUCAUUAAUCUUUUUUAAAAUUCUAGAUGAAUUGUCUUGGAAUCCUCAGAAAAAAAACAUACGAGAACAGGCAAAAAGGCUAAUGUUUUUACAACUUUAAAUUGAAUAAUAAAAGUUUUCUGAUCUGUAUUACAUCCAGUCUUGGGUUUGCUUUAGGCAGUAAUAUGUUUUCACCCACCAACAACUGAUAAUAUCUUUCAUUGUAUUUUUUAAAAUUUAUCUUGAAAAGGUCACUAGAAGCGUUGUAAAGGAGAUGGUUUUAGAGUGAUAUUUACCCCUUAAUUGUUUUUCCUGCUGGUAAAAAAUGUAAUCUUUCUUACAGAUUAUUUUCAUUUCUUUUGAGGAUCAAAAAUUUUUUAUACCUUUACAAUAGGACUAGUUUUCAUCCUGGACGAAUCAGAAUAUAUGAAAGAUUUCAUUUUCUCCAACUAAGACUCAAGUCCUUUGAGUUUGUGCUUAAUUAUAAUCAGUUCUAGCAGUAAUGACUUAAAAUCUUUUCAUAGAUUCUUUGCUUCUAACUAGUAUAAUUUUUUAAAGUCCAUAUACAAGCUGUUCAUUAAAAAUACACAUUUUUUCAGGUUUAGUUUUUACUACUUGAGACUAAAUAAAAUACUGAAUUGCCAUUGAGCAUAUGAUAAUGCUAUUUGAUUUGUUUUAUGUUUAAUAAUGACUUUAAAUGCAGUUAAAUUUCAGUACACUGAGUAUUUCCUCACAAAAUUGGGAAAUUUGUAUACUUGCUGUGAUCAUACCACAAAAUAAUACUAUCAGGGCUAUAGGUGUACAAGAAUACAUUCACAGAUACUGUUGAAAACUUGUCAUUUGAUAUUGAUUUAGUAUUUUUCUGUUUUAUAGACUUUCUAUUCACCAAAUAAGUAAUUCUAGAACAGUUCAGACUAAAACAGAUAGAAACGAACUAUAUACUCAGCAUAGAACUUUACUAAAGGCUUCUGGGGAACCUCUCUUGAAAUAACAGAAUAAUAAGUAACAUAUUUAAAAUACAAAUUUUGACUAUGUGCAGAAAAAAGUAAUAAGAUAAUAAAAUUUACUUAUCUUAAACCUACUUUUCUAACACCCAGGUAUUACUUAGUCUUCAUGUUGAAAUAAAGUUUCUUAUGUGUUAUUUUCUAUUUUUGUUCUAUAAUUAGAGGUUCUGCUUUGUUUUGUUAUAGAGUAACUUAUGGAAAUUUUGUUCUUGAAACAUUUUUGAUAAAACAAAUUACUAUAUUUGGUGUUGAGACAUCUGAAUAGAAUGCUGUAAGUGAAGUAGAGGUGAAAUGUUGAGUCAGCACUAGUUAGGUUACGUAAGGUGAGUCUUUACGAUAGAAUUUGUAACUGUUAUUAAAGAUGUGUAGGGAGAAGAGUAUAGCAUAGAAUGAAUACAAAACAGCUUCACUUCUUUUUUUUUUUUGGUUAAGUAUGCUAAAUUGUAAUAUUCAUUAUCUGACUGCUAACUAUUUGUGUUUGAAAAUUCCUUUUUUAUUAAAAUUCUAGAAAAGGAAUUUAGGACUGGAAUAAGAAAUUUUAUAACCUUUUUUAUUAUGCUAGUUUUAGUAUAAUUUUUUGGGAUGAGAUUAAAUGUAAUGUUCAAGGCUCCAAUGUGUUAUUUUUAGAAACUUAUUUAAGGAGUACUAUUUUAUAGAAAUUACUAACUAAAACCAAAAUAUUUUCAAUUAAAUAAAAUAAUAAGUCACAAGUUACAAUAAACAGGUUUUCUUUACAGAUUUUUUUCUUGUAUCUUAUCAGUUUAGAAAGGAAAAAGUAAGAGGACUAUGUAUUUUCUUGUUAACAUUUUAUUUAGAUUCUUGAUUUUAUCUGUCAGUGUGUCAUAAUUUUACAUUUACUUGACUAUAGCUGUCCUUUAUCUUGUGUUUUCUUUAAUGGAAAAAAGAACAUAAAUUGAAUGCAGUUAAAAUUUUAUUUUUAAUAGAUUGUGAAGUUACUUUUACUGGACAAAUAAAAGUACUUUAAACUUGA